AUGGUUAAGUUAACGCGAUCUGAUGAUUUUAAUAAAUAUAUUGAUGACUUAUUUUCACCUGACUCAAGAAUUGAAGAGGUGGUAAUGGUCCCAUAUGAAGAAACUGAUAAUUUGGCUACUAGGCGUGAAAAAUUAUUAAAUAAAAUAACUACAUUGGGAAGAAAGCAAGGAAGAAUUGAAAAAUUAAUAUAUUAUUACUAUAUUGGAGAGGAGUUACUAAAAUAUAAUAACUAUAGAGAGAAAUGGAGGGUUGUUGUAAAAGAAAAAAUGUUUAUGAGCGAAAAAAGGCAUUUUACAAAUGCUAUAAGAGUAUACAAGCUUUUUAAAUUAGUAAACAAAGAAAAGAUUUAUAACACUGUUUAUUUGAAUUCCAAUUUAAUUGGAGAAUUGUCCACAACUGAUUAUAAAAAGUUAUAUGAUAUGAUAGAAAAUUAUGAAUGCAGUAAUGAUGAAUACAACGAACUUCCACUUGAUGGAAAACCUUAUAUGUGUCCUAAGGAAACCUUAUUCAAAGUGCAUUUCAUUAUUCAGGAGUCUUUAAGCAUUAGCGUAGAUGAUUUCCAGAGAAUUAUAAUAAUUAAUUAUGCAAAGGCUUCUUUGCCACUAUUUUUGUCAAAUCCAUUUGAAAAUGAAAACCGAUUAAGGUAA